AAUCUCAUUUCACCAAGCAUGUUCUCCCCACCACACACGAACGGCCACCCUACAAAUGGGUUUCCAAAUGGCCAUUCAAACUGCCAUACGAACGGUAAUACCAACGACGUCAAUGAUCCACGCCUCUCCAUCGGUCUUGUAGGGGGUGGCAUAGCCGGCUUGUGUACAGCCAUAUCCAUUCUAAAGCAAAGCCCUCAGAUCGCCCUCACCAUCUACGAAAAAUGCCAGUCUUUUCACGAAAUUGGAGCGGGUGUCGCUAUUCAGCCAAAUGCAAGGCGAGCCCUGGGGCUCAUCGAUCCGGCGCUGCUCACCUCCUUCGAUAAAAUCGCCACUCGGAACCUGUGGCCUAGCAAACGGGACAACUGGUUCGAUAUCCGUGUGGGGAUCAAUAUCGCAGGGAAGAAAGCUGGCGAUCUGAUCCAUUCGCCCAAAUGCUUAGAGGGCCAAGCGGCAGUGCAUAGAGCGAAGUUCCUGGACGAAAUGGUGAAGUUGGUUCCCGAGGGAAUUUGCAAAUUCAACAAGCGAGUAUCAGAAAUCGAAGAAUUGAUUGGAGAGGACGGCAAUAUUGAUAUGCGGCUUCGGUUCAGCGAUGGGACCGAAGCUGUUCAUGAUGCGGUUAUUGGAUGCGAUGGUGUCAAGAGCAAAGUGCGUCCAUUUGUGGCUCCUGGGUGCGAGCCGACGUUCACGGGGAAAUACUGCCAUCGUGGAGUCAUACCCAUGGAGAAGGCGAUCGAGGUGUUGGGGGAAGAGCUUGCUAUGAACAACAACAUUUACCUUGGACGGCACGGGCACGUAUCGAGCUUACCUAUCGAGCAGGGAAAGUUCAUCUCGGUCACCAUUUUUGGCAACAAAUCCACAUGGGAUGACAAAGAGUGGGUCGUCCAAACAAAUCACAAAGACAUGCUCAGAGAUCUGUCUGGCUGGGGCACACAGAUUCGCAAUUUGGUCCCCCUCACCGCCCACACAACCGUCUACGCUCUUUUCGAUCUACUCGAACACCCGCUCCCCUCCUUUGCCCACAACAACGUCAUUGUCAUCGGUGACGCAGCUCACGGGGGCACUCCCUUUCAGGGCUCCGGUGCCGGAAUGGCUAUCGAGGAUGCAUAUGUCCUCGGGGAAAUUUUGACCCUCGUGCACCAGAAGAAAGAUUUGCGCAAGGCAUUUUUAGCGUUCAAUCAGGUGAGAAAGGAGCGAACUCAGACACAGGUCCGGACGGGCAGGGAGAGUGGGCACUUCUGGGCGGGGGACGAUAAGGAAAUUGGCUAUGAUUGGGACGUUAUGCCUGGGUAUAUGGAGACACGAAUGCAUUGGAUUUGGGAUGAGGAUCUGGAGAGAGAAGUGGAAGUUGCGAGGAUCUUUAUGGGAGUGCAGGGGUGUUGA